UAAUUCAGGUACUUAGCAUCCUAUAGACAGGGACGGUUUGAAAGCAGGCAGUGUUUGCAGUGGGGAGGACUGUUUAUAUAAACAGGACACCUCUGUAAACGACACUAAUAUUUGGGGUUAGGUGGCGAUGGAAAGGAAGGUCCUCUUGAACCGAGAGAUUCCCCAGUAACUGGACACAGUCCAUUUCUCGCCGCUUUUAAGGAAGGGGAUUCGGUUUGGGUUGAUAUUUUUUGGGGGGUGUGCACAACCUACCAUGGCCACAUCUGGCAGGAUCAGUUUUACAGUGAGGAGCAUUUUGGAUUUACCAGAGCAGGAUGCUAAUAGCAUAAAGCAAGCCUCUGACCAUCACCACUCAGCGGAGAACUACACCGGCUCGCCGUAUCGAGGGUGGAUAGAAACAGAGAGAAAUCACUAUCCCUCUUCCGACGAGAGCGGCCCGGAGAUGAGCUUGCCCGACUCCACCCAAAGGCCGCUCCCCGCCCGCGGCUCGGAGGCCGAGGAGAAGAAGAAGAAGCGGCGGGUGCUCUUCUCCAAGGCGCAGACUCUGGAGCUGGAGCGGCGGUUCCGGCAGCAGCGAUACCUUUCGGCGCCGGAGCGGGAGCAGCUGGCCCGGCUGCUCAGCCUCACCCCCACACAGGUGAAGAUCUGGUUCCAGAACCACCGCUACAAGAUGAAGCGGGCGCGAAGCGAGGGCCCCGGCAGCCCCCAGCCGCGGCCGCCAGCCCUGCUGCGCCGGGUGGUGGUGCCGGUCCUGGUGCGGGACGGGGAGCCCUGCCGCAGCUGCCCCGCCAGCCCACCGGCGCCCACGGCACGCCCCAAGCUGGGCUGCGCCCUGGCGGGAUGCAGCGCCCAGGCCGCCCUCGCCCUGCAGGGCUACCGAGCCUGCCCGCCCGCCGCCGCCCUCGGCGUCUUCCCCGCGUACCAGCACUUAGCGCAUCCCGCCGUCGUCUCCUGGGGAUGGUGACAGCGGCACUCAGCCCUCUGGGGCCGGACUCAUCC